GUUCUCUUCAUGUCCCAGGCUUAUCUAGUCUAUGCUCCAUCGGACCUCAUCCUCUCCGAGCCUCUGGGGGUGUCGGAGGUCGCCAAAGAGAACCCAGAGAGGCUCAAAAGUGCCAUCAACCAGCCUCCAGACUGGAUUCCAGUCUUCGAGUCUGAUGAUCGCCUGAAGCACCAGAAGAUCAUCUGCAGCUACCUCUUGCUUGCCAUGGCCCUGCUCUUCGCUGCGGAGUUUCUCCAGACGGUUUUUCUUUGGCGAAGGGCGCGGAAGCCGCCGGAGGAGGCGCUGAGACCGCGAUGGCCGACGAAAUGGAGCCUGGAAGCUUUGAAGUUCUAUGUGGAGGAUUGGCUGAAAUACAAGGCUUAUCUUACGAGGCCAGGAACCGAGCUCUAUUGGCUUCAGGUAAAUGUCCUCCAUGCCUUUGAAGUGACACUCCAGUUUCUGCAGCUAUGCACAUAUGGUGGCUUCGAUGUCUACAACCUGAAGGACAUCCCGGCCAUGGAUGAUCGCAUUGUGCUGUUCCAGGCGUGCCUCGUUUGUAGUGACUUGUGGCUCAUCUCGAUCAACACCUUCUUCGGCCUGCUUCGUUGCCAAGUUGUCUCGGAGGUGAUGGUUCAAUCUGCAUAUUCCUCCUGCACGAUCCUUGCUCUGGGAGGUUUGGUGCAUCGUCCCUCAUGGACCGCGGUUGUGAAUCCAGAGGCCUUCUGGCAAACCUUCUUUACAACAGCUUACGCAUUCCUCGGGGCCAGACAAGCUCUGGAAGCCCUGGACUUGCACAGCUUGCAGCUGCUU